AUGACUGAUGACUGUGUGUGCAUGUCUGAGGACAGACAUGGUGCAGGAAUGGCCGAGUCCGCAGACGCUAAGCACUCUGCCAUCGAUGCUCUAGACAAGGAAUUGUCUAAAGUGUCCCUCGCUGCUGGUGAAGCCCAAGAUGCUGCUGCUAAAGCCAUCGCUGAUGGCAAGAAAGUCGUCGACACAACUAAAGAUACAAUUGCGACAACAGUAGACAAUACGAAGAAAGCAGCUGGGACAGCGAUCAACACAGCGAAAGAUACGAUCAGUAGCACAGUAGACAGUACCAAGAGUACAGCGCAAAGUGCUAUGGAGACGGGGAAAAACUAUGCUACCGGGGCUAAAGAUACUCUGUCAAGUUCUGUGGACGCUGCACAAAAAUCAGCGCAAUCAGCUGUCGAGACUGGCAAGAGUUACGUAGACAGUGCCAAAUAUACUGUUCUCAACAAAGUGGAAGAAAAUAAGAAAUUAGCUAGCUCAGGAAUUGACACAACCAAAAGUUAUGUAGAUUGUGCGAAAGAUUCAACCGAAAACACUUUACAAAGCGCGUUGGAUAAUUCAAAAGGCUAUGCAUAUUCCGCAUAUGAGUUCGGCAGAUCGUAUUUAGACUCUGCUAAAGAUUCAGUUGCGAGCACUGUAGAUAGUACUAUGAAAGCGGCUUAUUCAACAGUUGAAACGGGCAAGUCAUACGUAGAUUCUGCUAAAGAUACCGUACAAAGCACGAUUCAAAGCACUAUAGAUACAACAAAAAGUACAGCAGGAUCAGUUGUUGAAACUGGAAAGGGAUAUAUUGACACAGCUAAAGAAACCGUUGCAAGUAAAGUAGAUUCUUCAAAGAAAGCAGCUACAUCUGCUGUCGAGACUAGCGGGUCUUAUGUCAGUUCAGCUAAAGAAACUGUGACUAACACCGUUCAUAGCACUGUAGAAGCGACCAAAAAUGUAGCUAAUGCUGCUGUAGACAAAGGCACUGCAAUUGUAGGCACUGCUAAAGAUACCGUCACUAAUACCGUCCAAGGCACUGUAGAAGCGACCAAAAAUGUAGCUAAUGCAGCAUUAGACAAAGGCACAUCCAUUGUAGGCACUGCUAAAGAUACCGUCACAAAUACUGUUCAAGGCACUGUAGAAGCAACCAAAAAUGUAGUUAACGCAGCUGUAGACAAAGGCUCAUCCAUUGUAGGCACUGCUAAAGACUCUGUAGCAAGCACAAUAGAUGCAACAGAGAAUGUUGCAUCAUCUGCAACAGACAAAGGGCUUAAUUUUAUGACUUCUGCAAAAGAUACAGUAGCAAAUACUGUUUAUUCAACAGUUGAUACUACAAAAACGGUUGCUGCAUCUGCUUACGGUAAAGGCGCAUCACUUGUAGAUAGUGCUAAAGAAACGGUUGCGAGUUCAGUAGAUUCUACUAAGAAAGCAGCGUCAUCUGCUGUUGAUACUGGCGCUUCUUAUGUUGGCGCAGCUAAAGAUACAGUAGCAAAUACUGUUCAAAGCACUGUAGAUGCGACCAAAAGUGUAGCUAACGCAGCUGUAGAGAAAGGCACAUCCUUUGUAGGCACUGCUAAAGAUACUGUCACUAAUACCGUUCAAGGCACUGUAGAAGCGACCAAAAAUGUAGCCAAUGCAGCAUUAGACAAAGGCACAUCCAUUGUAGGCACUGCUAAAGAUACAGUAGCAAAUACAGUUCAAAGCACUGUAGAUGCGACCAAAAGUGUAGCUAACGCGGCUGUAGACAAAGGUUCAUCAUUUGUAGGCACUGCUAGAGACUCUGUAGCAAGCACAAUAGAUGCAACAAAGAAUGUUGCCUCAUCUGCAACAGACAAAGGGCUUAAUUUCAUGACUUCUGCUAAAGAUACAGUAGCAAAUACUGUUUAUUCAACAGUAGAUACCACAAAAACGGCUGUUUCCUCAGCUUAUGAUAAAGGCGCAUCACUAGUAGAUACGGCCAAAGAUAAUGUUGAAAACACUGUAGACAGCACUAAAUCUGUUACUGAAUCUGCUUUUGGUAAAGGAGCAUCUUUCAUAGGUAGUGCUAAAGAUACAGUAUCAGGCACAGUUCAAAGCACAGUAGAUACAACUAAAAAUGUAGCUGGCUCUAUUUAUGAUAAAAGUGCCUCUUUGGUUACGGGAGCUAAAGAUAUGGUAUCAAGUUUGGUGUCGGGUGAUAAUGAAUCUUCGGGAAAAAGUCUAAUUGACAGCGGUAAAGAAAGUAUCAACGCGACAGUAGACCACACAAAGAAAGCGGCUGAAGAUGCCAAGGAGAAGGCUCGAUUGGCUGCUGAAGCCGCGAAGGAGGAGGCCAGGAAGGCGGCUGGUGCUGCUGCUGAAGAAGCCAAGCGUGCUGCCAACGUAGCAAUGGAAGAAACCAAGAAAGCAGCACAAAAAGCAGCAGCCGACGCAUCUAACGCCGUCCACAGUACCGUGGACAAUACUCUCAAGAGAGUUGAAAAUGCCGCAGAUCAAGGACUCAAGAAUGCUGGGGAAGUUGUCGAUUCUAAGAUUAAGGAUGCUGAUAAAUACCUCAAUGAGAAUAGGGAUGCGCUUGUCAAUAACUUCUCAACAGCAGCCCACGAUGGUGCCGAGGGUGCUGCCGGACUACUAAGCAAGGGCCUCUCUGCUUUCAAAUAAAAAUCUCAUAAAAAUCAAUCUCCCUUCUUUUUUCUGCGAUAUCUAUACGGGAAACUGACAGACUGCAUUGUAAAUAAAAUAUAUUAUUUUAAUACUGUAUAUUAUUGUGAUGAAAAAAAAAUUUAUAAGUUUGCAAAUUAAUAUUUUUCCUUUUUAACAGAGUACCUAUAUGAUUUUGUAUUUCUAAUAAUAUAUCCGCUAUUAUAUUUACACAAGAAUAAUACUGUUAUAGAAAAAUAGAGUUUAAUAUGUAAUUUAGUAUAUUAUAAUAGAAAAUAAGACUAAAAUAUAUACGCCAUUUAUAAAAAAGCACAAUAAUAUUUGCAAGCUGUUAGAUUUCCCAAAGUAAUUCUUUCUCACAAAUUAAUUUAUGAUUGUAUGUUAAGAGUUUAAUCUCCUAGUUAUGUUUUGUAAUAAUGCGCGAUAAGCUAGUGUUUAAGAUUUAUUUUGGGCCUAAAAUCGUACAAAAUACAUUUGUUUCGCUUUGAAAUAAAAUUGUAGUCAUUAUAAUUGGAUAUUUUAGUUGUAAGCUUUGAAGUAAGAACUUUCGUUUUGUAGCAUUUUAAUGCAUUUUAUGUAAAAUCAUGCUUGGCUUACGUAAUACCGUCCAAUGUGCGAUUUUAUAAGCGUACCAACAUCAUUAUUACCUUCUAUUGUCCAAUUCGCACAUUUAUUAAUGUCACGGCGAAUAAAUUAUUCAACGCUAUCGUAUCUCGUUUUUUCAGGACUUAUGUUUAUGAAUAAAAUAUUUUUAUAUCAAUUAUUAUGUUUUAUGAAAGUAAAAAAUAAAAUGUUACUAAAUAUAUAAAAUGAAAUAUGUUAUCCGUUCUUAAAUUUUAAUCAUGUUUAAUAUAUUUAUAUGUUUAUUUGUAAUUACUCAAAUUAAGUCAGCAUGUGUAUUUGUUGUUUAAUAAAUGCAUCUCCAUCAUUA